GUUAUUCGGCGUCAGGUUUGCCACACUUUGCAACGUCCCUGAACGCAGCGUUAAAACGAAGUGAAACCGAUAUACGUUAGCCGUCCCUCCACUAAAGCGAGAAGUGACUAGAACCAACCGGCAUCUUCUUUACACCACCUGCGUAGAGAUCGAGGACAACCUCGUGUCUGUAAACCUGCAGGACGACAUUAGUGCUCAGAGUAAUGUUGAUGAGGGCUGGUUUAUUUGGUAAAAACAGUGAAGACAACUGCCAACGGUCGUCCCUUUCUGCGUUGUUUUGAACAGUAGGAUUUCCCCGCUGUGUUCCUUCCUAUUAGACCAAACAGCCGUUUUAAAAUAUAGAAAUGCCUCAGAAACCGAAGCCCAAGCCGUGGACGGAACUAAAGCAGGCAGGAAAUGAAUGUUUCAAGACUGGCCAGUAUGGAGAUGCCACCGGUCUUUACAGCCAGGCCAUCAAGGAACUGGAGAAGUUCAGUAAAAAGAACCCUGAAGACUUAGCCAUUCUGUACUCAAACCGUGCCGCCAGCUACCUGAAGGAUGGGAACUGUGCAGAAUGCGUGAAGGACUGCGAUACGUCUCUGGAGUUGUUCCCGUUCAAUGUGAAGUCUCUGCUCCGACGUGCUGCUGCCUACGAAGCUCUGGAGCGUUACAGACAUGCUUACAUAGACUACAAAACCGCUCUGCAGAUUGACUGCAACAUAGCAGCAGCUCACGACGGCACCAACAGAAUGACAAAAGCCCUUACAGAGGCAGAUGGUCCAUCAUGGAGAGAAAAACUUCCACCUAUCCCCACGGUCCCUCUGUCAGUGAGGGAAAAGCUCGCCCAGCAGGCUGCACCCAACGCUCUGAAGCCGAACCCUGCUCCGCAGCACAACGGCAUCAAGAAAGCAGAUAAACCUGCACUAAAUGACAAAGACAUAAAGAAAGCCCAGGCUCUGAAGGAAGAAGGCAAUGGUCUGGUGAAGAAAGGAGAGCAUAAGAAGGCCAUAGAGAAGUACACCCAGAGCCUUAAACUCAACCCCAGCGAGGCCACAACUUACACCAACCGGGCGCUGUGCUACCUGUUGGUGAAGCAGUACAGGGACGCCGUCAGAGACUGCACCGAGGCUCUCAGGAUUGAUGGCAGCAACGUGAAGGCUCUCUACAGGAGGGCGCAGGCUCACAAGGAGCUCAAGGACAUCAAGCCCUGUGUUGAUGAUCUGAGCAGUCUGCUGAAAGUGGAACCCAAGAACACAGCUGCUCUGAAGAUGCUGCAGGAAGUGCAGAAGAAAAAGUGAACUCAGCAGCCGGCCGGCGACGUGAUUCAAUCCAGUCCGAUCACACGAUCCGUUUACUCCUGCUUGAACAAAUGGCCACAAAACGCCUCUGGAAAAUGCAGCUCAGUUUGACAAAUUUCUAAAGACUUUUCCUGGAUAAAGAGGUGUUCAUAGUUUGAUUGUAAUGUAACAUUCAGUCACUUUAUUCAGUAUUUAUGUUUAUUUAUGGAAGCUGCGGUUAUUUACACACUUUCUCAUAAUUCUUAGAACAAACCUGUAUUAUCAUUUCUAACCAAAAAGUUGAGCUCAUAGAAUAUAAAUAUACAAUGCACAGCGCUGCAUGAUUGGUCUGCAUCAGCAGAUUUAAUGAAUAAAAAGGAUGAUGAAGAAAAGAAAGUAGUUGGUCAGGUUUUAAAAGAGCUGUUUUCAGAAGCUAAUUAACUCUGCAGAGUUCAGCAGCUAAUUUUAACAUUAUGAGUAACCCUUGAAACACCCCAACAUCGGUGAACCUGCUGAGUCCUUAAACCGAUUCAUGAUCAAACUCAUCAAACAGUUAAACAUCACUGAGGAGUCAAAAAUUAGCACAGGGGUUACAUUCAUGUUGACCCUGUUUAAUAAGUCAAAAGUAAAAUAUUGUCAGAAGUACUUCCAAGCUUCGGAAGGCUGUCAGGUUCAAAGAUGCAACCUUUUUAAAUAGGAUUUCCACAAAUCCUAAAGUUAUCCCAAAGAUUUAAAAUUGUAAACCAAUAAAUUGACAACUACAGUUUUAGGAGUAAUUAGAAAAGCAAAUGAGUCACCUUGACUGGAGACGUAGAUCAGGAUCAUAUUCACAUGAAAAUAUAGCAGAUUACCUGUGCUGAUCAUAAAGGUCUGUUCAGCACACCAUGAAGACAUUUUACAAUCAUUUUCACAUUUUACUUGUGGGUUAUUUUCUUCUGGGGUUUUAAUUGUGCACAAUUUUGCUCGUCAGUUUUGUGUUUAACCUCAUACCAUGGGAGGUUCGAGACGUACAGCGAAUUUAUUUUAGAAUUGUUGUUUUCAUGUUAGGUUUGAUGAAACAGGACAUGUUUUGUUCUAAACAGCGCUACCAUGUCAGAAAUAUUUGUUUGCUUGUAUCGGGACGGUUUGUCACUCCUCUGAAGGACUGAUAUAUAAACCAGCUAGAACUAAUUUCCCACUACGUCAUUUAAAUAAAUUACUGUGUCUUCAUUUAGUUUUUUCCUAUUUUUUCACCGCAUUGUAGAACUCUGUAAAGGUUUUCUUUUUGAUUCAUUUGCAGCUUUGACAUCUUGCCUGAAGUGCCUGCCUUUGUCAUUUAUCUGCUGCUUUGGAUUAGUGCAUGCAAAAUAAAAUUACAAAAAAAAAUGCA